GCAACCAUGGGCCUCGAUUCUCUGCGCCGUCGCUUUAUUGAUUUGUAUCGUGUAUUGGGUGUACACCCCACGGCAGCAGAUGCAGAAAUCAAGAGGAAGUUUGUUGAUGCAGCAAAGGCCUCUCAUCCUGAUUGUGGGGGAGACGCUUCCAGAUUUCAAGCUGUCUCUGAGGCUUAUAGAAUUCUAAACACGCAGCGUGCAGCCUACGACGCCCUCUACAGAGCUCGCACCGGCAGCGACCCCAGCGGCCUAGGAAAGUUUCCGCAGUCUGCUUUCAACAGAAGACACGAUACCUUCGACUACGGGGGGGAAGACUGGAGAAGCUUUCUGCGCAUGCAGCAGCAACGGCAGGAGCAGGAGCAGUAUGACUGGUUCGACGAGGGGCACUCUCACGAGGACGAAGGGAGUUCCUGGAAGCCUCCACGUUAUUCGGGGUCACCCCGUCGUGCGCAGACUAAACAGAGCCGCAGCGCAAAGGCUGCGGCUGCUGCUGCUCGGGCUGCAGCCGCAAGAGAAGCAGCAGCAGCAGCUGCUGCUGCUGCAAGCGCGAGUGCAAGCGCAAAGUCGGGCAGCGGCAGCAAGGCCUCACGCGGCGGGCAGAAGCAACGGCAGUGGCGCUUUGUAGAUGUAUUCGUAGUCGAGGAGGACGGCAAGAAAAGAACCGACAGCAGAAGUAGCAGCGAGACUCGGCAGAAAAGAGGGAAGGAUAAGGAAAAGCAUAGAUCAUCACCAGCAGCAGCGGCUGCUGCUGGUGCCACCACCGCUACGAGCGCUUCCUCCGGUGCCCCGACAGCAGACACUCGAACUGCGGAGGCCGCAAACGCUGCUUCAGCGGCAGCUUCAUGCGCCUUCUUCUUCGAGACUGAUGACGAAAGUGACUCAGAGAAGAAGGGUGACCAGCAACAACAAGAGCAGCAGCAACAACAAGAGCAGCAGCAGCAAGACGAGCAGCAGCAAGAGCAACAACAACAAGAGCAGCAGCAACAAGUGCAGCGUGAAUCGGACACGCAAGACCGUGACGACGCUGAAGAUUUUCAAUUUGAACGCCAGAGCUCCCGCCAGAGCAGCAAACAAGGCAGCAAUGAGAAUGGCAGUAGGCGCAACAGCAGAAGAGGCAGUAGCACAGCUAGCAGCGACGAGAGUAACAGGACACCUAUUUAUACGAUUGCAUCGCUGCCAGUGAGUGCAGAUUGGCUGCCUGCCAUGAGUUUGAGCAGAAAGGGUGGUAACCGGAUUGAGCCUGUCCUCUUCCUUCAGCACAAGGCUGUGAAACGCUGGAAUGCCGUACAAUGCCUCGCCUCCGCUGCUGCUGCUCGUGCUGCUGCUGCUCGUGCUGCUGCUGCUGUUUCUGAGGGCCGCUGCCUCUGCGCCCUCGAGAAGAGCCCAUCCCUCAAUCUCCAAGAAAAGCAGCAACAACUUCUGUAG